AUGAGUGUCCAUUACAACUGCAUGUGUGGGUGGGAGGCUGUGACGGAACUGAGUAACUGGGAGGCUGAACGAGGAAAGAGAGUUCGCUACGACAUGGGGGCUAAGUCCCGGGAGUUAAUACUGCUCCUGGCAGUGUGUGCGCUUGCAAUCUCAGAGCCAGUUAACAAAACUGCAAAGAAAGAUAACAAGGACUCCGACAACUUCCUGUUUCAAUAUGAAGAUUACGACUCCGCAGAUGACCAAGAGGUAUUAUUCAACGAGGACAGGCCUUGUCCCAGGGAUUGCAUAUGCACUGUAUCUCAGGGAUACAGAACAGCGAAGUGCAACCGUCUAGAAAUGGGAACUCAAAAAUUCGGCGAUGAUAUCACGGAUCUCGUUAUUGACAACGCUGAAACUGAAAUACAACUGGAUGACUUUAUUUUCAAAAAAUUAGGUCUUCAUCAAAUUGCAACAAUUAAAAUAGUAAACAGCACUAUUACUUCCAUAGGAGCCAACGCUUUCCACGGUCUUCACGAAUUAUAUGCUGUUAAUUUAUCUAACAACAAACUUAAGAGCAUUCAUCCUGAAACUUUUGCGCAUAACAAAAAGCUCUUGCUUUUGACCCUUUCAAAUAAUCCACUUAAAUUCCCCGCACCUGGUUCUAAUGAAUACUUCCUGAAUGCCUCAUCAGUACAGGAGUUUGAUAUUUCAUAUUGUAACAUGCAAUAUAUUACUUCCAAUACCGUUAAGAAUAUGCCUGGCGUCAUGUAUCUAAACCUUGCUGGAAAUAAUUUAUCAGAUAUGGAGGCGGAUACAUUUAGAACUCUUCUUGAUUUAGAAGAGCUGGACUUAAGUGAUAAUAAUCUUAAAUCACUCCCUGAAGACAUAUUUUCUGAGAACACUGAACUGGCUACCCUUCACAUUCAAAGAAACCCUAUUGACUCUGUCUACGGGCUACAAAUUUCUGAUCUACUAACAUUAAACGCCGGACAAACUAAUAUUAAAUUUGUUGGACCCUCCAUGUUUAAUGGCAUGACAUACAUCGCUAAUCUUAACCUCAGCGGAAAUAAUAUUGAAAAGAUUCACAAUCAAGCCUUCCAUAAGUUAGUCGAACUUAACUACUUAGACCUUUCAUAUAACGAUUUGGACUUGAUUUCGAGCAUUCUUAUCAAAGAAAACAUAGAAUUAGACAUCUUUAAAAUUUCUAACAAUCCUCGACUAAAACAUUUACCCGCCAAAGGAUUUAACUGUUCUGCUGAACAAUUUAACAUUUAUCUGUUCGACGCAUCUAACUGUGGGCUUGAAGAAAUCUAUGAUGAUUCAUUGAAGACAUUUACUGCACUUUCUCAAAUUAAUCUAUCUGGUAACAAAAUUAAAUCUAUAAGUAGCCGAGUCUUUUCUAGAAGCCCAAAACUUAUUGAAAUUAAUCUAUCUUAUAAUUUGUUAACCACACUAGAUGCUAAAGUUUUUGAGCAAAACAAGGAUCUUGGUAAACUAAACCUUCAAGGUAAUCCUUUGAAAGUAUUAUCCGCUGAAGUGUUCGUUUACACACCAAUGCUCACAUGGCUAGAUAUGAGUCAUGCGGAACUUACAGCUCUAUGGAAAGCAGAAAAGAACCAGUCGGCAACUCUUCUCAAUAAUCUUAGUUUCCUAAAUGUGUCGCAUAACCACAUUACUGAAAUUAAACAAACCGAAUUGGAUACCCUUAAAAAACUACGUUCUCUUGAUAUUACUAACAACUUAUUAGCUUGCAGUCGUGAAUUUGAAAACCUCAUGACCUGGUUGAGCAAUCACAAAAUAUCUCCUAACGCAAACACCGCCAGCAUCGCAAACUUAGCUACUGAUGCCAAGGAAGAGGAUGGUUCUUAUAGUUGGGAGUUCCUUACUCGUAAGACAUGUGGUACACCUAUCUCACAUCCUGUAGAACCCCUGCCAUCAGUGUCUGAUGAAGAAAUAUGGGAAAGAAUUGACACGGAUGCUGAAGGCAACUUUGACUUGAAAGAUACCUUAGACGACGACGAUGAUGAUCACCAAGAGGACAGUGAAGAAGAAGAAGAAGACGAAGAUGAAUCGGGCGAGGAAUACGACGAAGAUGACGACAAUGUUGAUCUCAAAGUUAAAUUAAUCGAAAUAUCAUCAACUCCCUCCUCUAAACCAAUUGACAAAUCCCAAAGUAACAAUGUGAAAAUAGACAUUAAACUCUUAGAGAAUGAUAAUAUGUACGACGAUCUCGAACCAGAGAUGUAUGUUAAAGCGACCGUUAUAGAUUCAGAGCACGGUCACUAUGACUACUUGUGGCCAAUUUUGAUUGCUAUUCUUGGCGCAUUGCUACUUUUGCUCGCGAUCGCUAAAGUAGUGAUGAUCGUCUGUAACAGGCGGAACAAGCAGAUACGCUACAACAGUGCCAUUAUCGCCGCCAUGAGUCAUGCAGGGCGUACAAAGAAGGAUUGCGGGCUUGUAUACCAGCAGUUGUCAGAGGACUUGACCGGCCCUACCACACCCAAAUUAAACCGUUACGCGCCUCUACAUAACGUCACCGUGAAGGCAUCCAACAUGUCUUACGAGAGCAGCCCAUUCCACCACAGCAAUAUCGUUCCCGAGGCGGUG